AGUUGUCAAAGUUGCGCACACGUAUAUAUUUCAAGUCUUUGUCUUUUGCACUUCAUUUCCCGCCAUGGCUUCAAAACAAGAACAAGAAGAGCGCGAGCUCGCCUUCAAGAACAGAAUAAUUUACUCGUUACCAGUAAAAUUAGGAUUUUGGAUUGACGAGUUUGCAUUGCGCGAAGACAGAAUAUUCUUUAUGGAAUACAAAAAGCAGCACUGUGAGUUAUACAAACAGAAGACGAGAAAGAUGUACAGAAACGUUUUGAGGUCUACAUCCUUAGUCGUCGAUGCUCCUUACGUUUUGUUUGGAGUGAACUAUCAGUUGAGAGCUCCGGAUGUUAUAAGUAAUAAUGCUAAAAGUCUGUGUAUAUCAGGAGUAAUGGACGAAAGAGAUAUAUUGACAGCACAACAUUUUCAACAUGGUUGCACGAUUUCUGCGUCUCCGCACAGAACGCCUGUUGUCAGAAACACUUUCAUGCUUCGUGGGCCAGAUUUCAACAAAGUGGGUAAACAGGUGGUGUAUGGAGAGAACGUUUUGAUGCAGAUAAUAGAAACACAUGACCAGAAGCCUUUGUUUGUACAGUGUGAAAAUAUGACGACCGAUACGUGUGGCGGACAUCUUCCUGUAAGACUCACGAAGAGUCCUGAUGCCUACUGCAGGUUCAAGUUUUUUCACUGGAAUCCGCAAAAACGCCGUAAAACGAUGGGCACAACUUUCAAGCCAGAAACUCGAGUCAUUAUCCAACACACAGCAUCUGGGCGCAAUUUGGCAGUGAUACCCAAAAUGCGGUUUCCCACGUUUUAUGGAACAGAAUGUAUGGUCACUUGCCAGACCUUCCAGGAUUCACAUAAGCUAGAGACUGCAGAGAAUUUUUGGCAUGUCAUUAGUGGUGAUACGUAUAUUCGCAAGGAAAAAGGUUCCAAUGCAGCUCGCAAAUGAAUAAAUGAGUGAAGAACAUCAAAUAUUGGAUUAAAUUCUUGUUCUUUCGCUGUUUGUCUAUAAAAUCAUGUGAAGUAAAUGUAAUGUAUGCAAUAUACGUAAUAGGAAUGAAAACGGGGCAGAUUUGAGAAACCUCGCACAAAAUUAUCUGUGUAUAAUCAAAGACUGGUUUGAUAGUAAAUUAUGAAGAAUAAAUUUUGAAAAAACUGACUUUAUUCCUUUCACAUUGUUGCCAUAAAUGUGCCACC